AAAAUGAUAUUUUCACUCUUUCUCUGGUCGCUUUUGGUGCUUUCCAUCGCAAACUCUGUAGCAGACGCUAAGGCAAACCUUACGAAGGUAACAUGGGCACAUGCUGUGAAUGAUGCUGAAUUUCUAACCCGUGUUCUGGCAAGCGACAUCCAAUUCAUCGAAGCAGAUAUUUCGCUCGGUUAUAUGAACGAUGACGUGAACAAAGAGCAUGAAAUUCCCAUCAUGGCUCAUCCACCCGCGACGGAAUCAGACAUUUCACUCGAAACCUUCCUAACCCGCAUUCUGCAAUACAACCGAGAAGGCGCAAAAGAAACCUCCAAAGUGAAGGGUGUUAAGUUGGAUUUUAAAUCGAUUGGAGCCUUCGAGGGUGCUAUCGACAUCAUCCGUUCCAACUAUGACAUGAACUCGUUUGCCACGUGGAUCAACGCAGACAUUUUACCCGGACCAGUUGAUAAUACUGACACCAUUCCCGUGGAUCCUACCAGAUUCUUUACCGCUGCUAGACGCCUCGGCAAAGCAACACUCUCAAUUGGCUGGACCACACGUUGGGGUGCGGACUUUACAGGUGGCUUGUACACCGAUCCACAGAUUGAUGCAAUGAUCAAUGCGAUUCGCACUAACAACAUCGAUAAGGCCGGUAACGCCAUCACGUUCCCCGUGAGAGCAGGAAUUGUCGCAAGCAGCGUGAAGAACAUGAUUCGUUUGUAUUGUGAGUUGAAGGACACGAACGAUGUAACCUUCACGAUAUGGUCGAGUGCAGAUGAUGCCGUAAAUGUUGAGAAGUUGCGAGAAUUUAUUUUCACCAUGGGACUUGAUCGCACGUACGUAGAUGUGCCAGAGGAUUUGCACCGUAAGCUGCAUUUGGAUGAAAACGCCUUCAGCAAUACAUGCAAAAAAACGCUCCAAGCAAGGUGCUUCGACUAA